CAGCCACUACUCUGUGACUGGAUCCAGAUUAAGGUUCUUCCAAGACAGACUUCAUUGGAUCCACAUUCAAGAGGACUACUGAUUUUUCACAACCUCCUUACAACACUGUCAAAGUGCCAAGGCCUUAAGACUUGGGUCUCCCUCAGGUCUCCAUCCUCUUCCUUCUUUUCCCUGGUUGCCUUGGCCAAUUGGAAGUUUUCAGGAAAGAUGGUCCCUAUGUUCAUGACGUGUUUCUUGGGUUCAUGGUAAGCAUGAGUCUGUUGGAACUUGACAGAAGAAAAAACAAGACAUCUUCAUAAAGAAACCAGGCACUAGAAAAGUGUGGCAAACACUGAAGAGAUAGAAACAUGACCGAUAGUGGACUUAGGGACCCUCCAGAGGACUCUCAAAAGGAUUUGGAAAAGGAUUCAUCAGUAAAUUCUCAGGCACAGGAGAUCACAGUCACAUCAAGUAAUAUUGAAGAUCAGAUUCCAUAUCUGGUCUCUAAUUUUAACAAAGACUACCAAGAAGUUGAGGACUUAAAAGGUCAAGAAAGUGCAGAUGCAGAUACAGGUGAUAAACCAGCAAGCCCAGAUGAAACCAAUUUUAGGAAACAGUCAGAGGAUAAAACAGAUCAUGAGAACAACCCAAGUUUUCAAGAUGGAAAACAAGAGGAUCACCUCCCUUCAAAAAGUCUAAGUGAAGAACACUCGGAUCUAGAUCCUAGCCAUUCUCUAGGAGAUGAGGUAGGAAGAGUGGAUCUGCCCUCAAGAAGCAGCUCUGAAGACCCACCUGUGGAAGCAAGUGGCAGAAUUGGAGCUUCUCAGGAGCCACCUGCAGCAGGUUCCUUGGGGGCCCAGAGUCUUGGUCCUUUCAGUGUAGGACCAGAAAGCCAGAAUUUACUAAGGAAGCGACUACCUGUGUCAGAGAUUGGAAGUCAGGAAGAAGAAAUACAAACAGCAGAAGAAAAUCAGAAGAUUACAGCGGAUACCAUAAGAAAGAUUGAUAAAAAGAGUUUGUGGAACUAUGGUCCCUUAUUUUUUGCCUGCAUCAUUGUGGCGUUGGUGCUAACUUCUGUUAAUAGCUACUAUUCUUCUCCAGCCCAAGUGCCCAAAAAUCCAGCUUUAGAGGCCUUCUUGGCUCAGUUUGGCCAAUUGAAAGAUAAAUUUCCAGGCCAGAGUUCCUUCCUGUGGCAGCGAGGACGUAAGUUCCUCCAGAAGCACCUCAAUGCUUCAAAUCCCACUGAGCCAGCAACCAUCAUAUUUACAGCAGCUCAAGAGGGAAGAGAGACCCUGAAGUGCCUAAGCCACCAUGUUGCUGAUGCCUACACCUCUUCCCAGAAAGUCUCUGCCAUUAUGAUUAAUGGGGCUGAGAGAGCCUUGCAAGACAGUGACACCGUCAAGCUGUGGGUCGAUUUGGAGCUGAGCAAUGGAUUUGAGAAUGGCCAGAAGGCUGCUGUGGUGCACCACUUUGAGUCCCUUCCUGCAGGCUCCACUUUGAUCUUCUACAAGUAUUGUGACCAUGAGAAUGCUGCCUUUAAAGAUGUAGCCCUUGUCCUCACUGUGCUACUGGAGGAGGACACAUUAAAGGCAAAUGUAGGCCCAAGGGAAACAGAAGAAAAAGUGAGGGAUUUACUCUGGGCCAAGUUUACCAACUCUGCCACUCCCAGCUCCUUCAACCACAUGGACUCAGACAAAUUGAGUGGGCUGUGGAGCCGUAUUUCACACCUGGUACUGCCCGUCCAGCCUGUGAAGAACAUAGAAGAACAUGGAUGCCUUCUAUAAAGCUAAGCACAGACUUAAUCACAGAAGAAAGACAGCCUGGGAUUUUGAAACAGCCCCUUAAACGAUCUUCCAUUUCUGUGGCAGGAGGUUGAUAAAUGUGAGGGAAUAGCCUGAAAAGCAUUUGUGAGCUUACUUUAGAAAAGACGCUGUCAUUUUUCUAUCAUAAUCUUCAAUGAGGCUAAAAAUUGACCAAACCUUUUCUUAUCUUGGCCUUUUCAAGUGAAUCAGAUUUAAAACAUAGCAAUAGUAUAUAACACUGAGGAAAAAUGUAAAAAUCCCCAAACACAACAGCAUUAUUGCACAGGAAGAUAUACUUCUACAGAAUCAUUUUUGUUUUCUUCAGUGUCACUCUCAAGAGCCUUUUGAAUAACAUGGACUUGGACUAAAUUAGUUAGGAAGCUGUGAUAAUUUUUAGGAAUUUUUUCUAGCAUGUUAAAUAUUUUUAAAAAUUGCUCUUAUAACCUAAUUGUAGUUUUAUAUCUUGUACUAGUUUUCACUUUUUAGUAUGGAAAAAGGAAAUAGGAAAUUCAACACAUUAGAUCCUUGUCUAAAUACUAUGCUUUUAUUCCAUUAAUGAACUGAGGUAAAGACAGCUAUAUUAAAAAAUGUUCUUAAAUAUUGGAAUCAUUGAGAAAUUGUAAUGAUUGGAAAAGAAACCCCAGUUGUGUGGAUCUUUACUUAAGCUUUCUUGAUUAUUAUUAGUUUUGAAACUCUGCCAUCGUCUUCCCUGUGUAUUGGAGGGGUUUGCUUUUCAGUUUUUAUAUUGGGGUUCUCUGUAAGAUUUCAUGCAACAGAGUUUUUCACUAAUAAUGAUUAAGUUUGAAAACCAUUGAUUAAUGAAAAAAUAUCAGGAAAUCUUUUUACUAAAAGCAAUAUUGAAACUUAUGAAUAGGAAGAUAAAAUUAGUUUAGUUUAUAGAAAGAUUUAGGCAUGCACAUGAACAACAGAAUGUAUAAGCUAGCAUUUGUGAGCUUUGUGUCUGAUGCUUUUGUUCAUUUCUGUUAAUCAUCAUUUCUUUCAUCCCUAGAUGAAAUUUAUAAUUGUUUAGGACAAGAGUUUGAAUGUCAUUUCAGACAAAAUUUCCAUAAUAAUUUAAUAGUAACUUUUAUAAGGACACAUUGGCAUAACUUUACCAAAUAGCUUAUUUGUUAUGCUGUGAUAGAACACUAUAUAAUGCAGAUCAUUUCUUGACAACCAAGUAUCUCGUAACUCUUAGUGAGAUAAAACAGAAGCAGUCCAUUCUCUGAGCCUAAUGGCCAGGAUCAAUUGUUGGACCAUGGUCCAUGAUAGUGAGAGAAAUUGGAAACAGUAGCUGUUGAUUAGUAUUUGAGUUCUGAAAGCAGAACUCCAGUAAAAU